UUCAGUGAUUCAUUUUCACCUCAAAUCUCUCGGUCAAAGAAGGAAGAAAGAAAGAAAAAGGGGGGGGGGGAUUCCCAAUCUGAUCAACAACCUCAAAAACCCUAAUCUUCUCAUAUUAAUCUUUUAAAAAAACCGCCAUCCUAAACCCUGAAAUUCUUCAUUUCUUUUAUUCACAAAUCAUAAUAAAUUCUACACGGUUUCAAACCAUGAUUUCAAUUCUGAUUUGUACUUUUUUUGUUUUAACUUUCAGAUUACAGAACCUUCGCAUUUCUCAUAAAGAAAAUGUUACUAUAAUUUAGUUCCUUUUUUUUCAAAAAAAAUAGGAACCCUAACUUAUUAUUUAUAUUGUGUUACUAUUUUUGUGAUGGGGUCAAAUCCUGUGGUUUUCGAUAUAAGCUCCGACGAGGAAGACGUCGCGUCCGCUUUGGAAGAGUCUAAAGGGGACGACUACGACUGGUUUUCAGAAGUUCUGAAAACCGUUAACAAGGGCUUCGACGAUUCCGAUGAGGUGGUGCUGAUCGGGGAAGUCAACCUUAAUAAGAAGUCAAAGUCACGGAACACAUCGGUCAGGGAGAAUGUUAAUGUAGAAGACGAUGAUUGUAUCAUUUUGGAAGAUGACCCCGAAACGGUGGUGUCUGACGUUAAUGAUAACCAUGAAGAUUCCGAUGAGUUGCUUGUCGUAGGCCAAAAAGGGCAGGUUGCAUGCAGAGAUUUCCCCCAUCCACGGCAUGAUUGUGCUAAAUAUCCUUUCAGAUCAACCUCACAUGAACAGCACUGUGAACUGUGUCAUUGCUUUGUUUGCGACAUGCAAGCACCAUGUUGUUAUUGGGGCUCGGGUAUCUCUAGUUCUGAUCAUUGUCAUGCCACUGAUAAAGAGGAGAUUUGGAAGACUUUGCGGAAGAAUUUCAGGCUUGGGAGAAAUGUUUCUGCACCUCCUGUCACUUCUGAUUCUACAGCAGUGCCUCAACAAGCUCCACGACGUGACAUUAUUCGGUUGACGACACAAAAUCAUGUUUUUAGAUCAGCUCCAGCUGUCACUUCUCAUUCUACAGUAGUGUCCCAACGUGACCAAGUGCCACAUUGGGACAAUAUUCGAGUGACUACUCAAAGUCAUGUUUUUAGACCAACUCCUGUUCAAGCUUCUGGGAACUGCAUACCACAAGAUCAUGCCUCAAGGCCAUCCAUAAUUCGUGCUUGUUCAUCAUCUACCAGACAUGGGAUUCCAUAUAACCCGAUUGUGGGUAGCCGACACCGACAUGUUCUAAAUAAGAGCACGAUUCAGCCGCAUUUGGGUUCACAGGAGGUUCUAGGUGUGCAUAAUACCGUAAUCCGAAGGGAUCGGGGUAUUAAAAUUAGGAACUGGGGUUCUCAAUUUAACCCUUCCAACAUAAUGUCCAAAGGAGUUGACACUGAAGUUACCUCAACAAGGAAUUGCAUCCCAUAUGUUCCGUCUGAAAACAUUACUUAUGCUCAUGCAUCACAGUUUCGACAAAAUCCUGCUUUAGUUACAACAUCAAACGAAAGAAACCCGGAUCCCAUUGACUGGAAAAAAGAUUGUUUCGACACAAGUUUAGGAACAUAUACACAUCAGAUCUCACAGCCUAGUAUGGACUCUGUUUUUACGAACUCAGCACCCUCCCUAUCCUCAGCAAACAUUGAAUUUGUUCCUCAGUCAAAUGUACGCGAAGAUAGCAAUCAUGUUCAGAAUCUAAAUCGUUCUGCAACACACAAUGGUUUUUCAGAUUUUGACAUUAGUUGGGUGAAUGACAUCGGUCGAAGCAAUCAACAACCUUCUGCCGAUUAUUUACAGUUUCAAACCACAACUGGAGAAGGACCAUUCAACGUAGGAGAGGGAGAUAAGUCGUUCUACAAUGAGCUCGAGAGCUUCCUUUCGGAUAGCCAUUGUCCUCUACAAGGGCCUCUUACUGCAGGACUUAAUGCACCGCCUCCUCCCAAUCAUAUAUCUCUUGAUACAGUAGACCUUGGAAAAGAAGUGAUCCACGGGGUUGCUAUUAUGCCAAGGUUAACUCGGACCUCGGAUCGAAUUGAGUUUAUUUAGUUCAUAUAAUCAUCUUUAGAAGUAUGACUCCCAAUAGUCUGGAGUUGAAAUUUUGAAAUUGGUAACUAUCAUUUAAUUUCCAAGUUGGUUUCCUUUGCUUUUAGAGCUCGAGGAGGGCGGAUGAUGUUGUACAUAAAUAUUUACGAACCAGAAGCU